GUUUUUGAUUCCAAAAGUCCCUUUCUGGCUGGAAGGCAAACACAGAAGAACAAACUUCAGUUCAGAACCGUUAGCUUUCCAUCCGUACGUCUGUGGCCAUGGACAUCUGCACAUUUUUGCUGCUAAUAUCGCUCUUGUCUCUUCACUCUUUCCAUGUGAACGGGGAGGGUUUUCUGCUGAUGCCCAUCGAGCUCGCUCCAGUUCCCUGUAACGACAAAGCUGUGGAGAAGCUUUCUCGCCUGGCUGUCACUUACAUCAACGAGGAUCGCACCGAAGGCUACAAGUUUGCCCUCAACCGCAUCGCCAAUGUCUACCUGCACGCUCAGGGACCAGGGGGUAAUGUGUAUUAUCUGGACCUGGAUGUCCUGGAGACCAAAUGUCACAUCGGGAGUCCAAAACCGUGGAAGCGUUGUGACGUCAGACCCUUCAUGGAAACACAAAUCUCUGGUAACUGCAACACCACCAUUCUGCACACACCAGAGGGUUACUCCUACCUCUACAGCUAUGACUGCGCUCUUGUGCCAGAUCCGCCAGAGAAGCUCCAGCAGACUUGUCCAACUUGUCCCGUCCUGCUCUCCGUAGACAGCCCGGUGGCCAUGGACACUGCAGGGAUCACUCUGGAGGCCUAUAAGAGGCAGUCCACUCUGGGCGCUGGGCUUGGCGUGAAACGGAUCACCCGAGCUGCGGUUCAGAAUGUGCCAAAAAAAGCCGUGUUUGUGGAGUACACGGUCCAGCAGUGUCCAGAGGGAUUUACGGAGAGAGGGACCUGCCAGCGACUGACUCUCAAGUCAGACACACAGACGGCAGGUUUCUGUACAGGAUCCAUGUACGGAGAUGUGAGCGAACACCCGGAUGUCCUGGUGUCCUGUGAGAUGUACAAGAUACAGAAUGUGGACAUGGUCCAACCGGUAAAACCUCAGGUUCACGACCUCCCCGCAGACACCAUGUUCCCAACAUUUCCACCUCUGCCUGAUGAUCCUUCGAUUGACCUGCAGCCCCUUCCCUCUGACCCUCCGACUCCCGAUGUCGCUCAGCCAGCUCUGAUUGACCCCACAGCUAUGCCCUCUCUUCCUACAGAUCCCCCAGUUGUGGUUAACCCCUCGGUCCUUCUUUCUUCUUCCAGUGAGUCUGCUGAGAGAAUAGUAAGCCAACAGCAGCACAGAGGGACUCUGGAUUCAUCCUCUGAGGAAAUUGGAGUCCUGGUGGCCCGGCGUCCACCGUUCAACUUCCGUUACCCAAGACGUAAGCGUGACAAGCGGCAGAGCUUGACGGAGACCUCUCCCUCACACAGUCCGGUGUUCCUGUCUGAUUUCCCCAGCGGGUCAUCUCCUUUUCGAUCCUGUCCUGGUCCGGCUCGAUAUGCCACAGCAUAACCAGUUCUUUGCUGCUCAGAAAUCCAUUUACUCAUGUAUGAUUUACCCACUGAGAGUCUGAACCGAUAAACUGCUCCAAUCCUCGUCA